AUGUCUGGAUCAACCCCAGCUCAAGAACGAGACGAACAACUGCUUUCCAUCGGCCACCAGUGCUCGUCAAAGACUUGUGGCCUUGUCGAUUUCCUACCCUUCAAAUGCCAGCACUGUUCUCUUCCAUUUUGUGCGGAACACUACCUGCCAAAUGCCCACAGCUGCGAGAAAUACGAUGAGACGAAGUUCAAUCGUGUUGCACCAUCUUGCCCGCUCUGUAACGAUGUCAUCUCUAUCCCUCCAGGAGAAGAUCCCAAUAUCCGUAUGGAGAGACAUUUCACCACAGACUGCACCAUCAUGACCGGCAAACCGAAAGCCAAGUCGAAGCCGACUUGCGCGAACACGAAGUGCCGCAAAGUCCUCAUUUCACCCAUUUCUUGUGAUAAAUGCAAGCACCAAUUCUGCCCACAGCAUCGCUUCCCUAAUACCCACAACUGCGCCGCCCUCAGCAACCCCUCCUCGUCCAAACCGACCAAUACUUUCUCCGCCUCCGCCACAAACAUUUCGUCUCAAACCUCCGCUGCGACUAUGAGUGCCAUGGCCGCUAUCGGAAUAUAG